UAGUAUGAGUUAGUGACCCGUGAGUCCGCCGAGUCAAAAAUCGUUCCAGUCAUAUUCUGUACACAGAGCAGAAGAAUCAGAGCAAAUAGUACAAUACAAGAGGCGGGAAAGAGAGAGUAGUGAGAGAGAGAGAGUAGUGAGAGAGCGAGAGAGAUGAAGGAGAGAGGAGGGAAAGGAGAACCGCCAUCGGUGGACGAGAGGUAUUCUCAGUGGAAGUCUCUCAUCCCAGUCCUCUACGAUUGGCUCGCCAACCACAAUCUCGUCUGGCCAUCUCUCUCUUGCCGAUGGGGUCCUCAGCUCGAGCAAGCAACUUACAAGAACCGUCAGCGUCUCUACCUAUCGGAACAGACUGAUGGUAGUGUUCCCAAUACGCUUGUCGUUGCAAACUGUGAAGUUGUUAAACCCAGGGUUGCUGCUGCAGAGCACAUAUCACAGUUCAAUGAAGAGGCACGUUCUCCCUUCGUAAAGAAGUUUAAGACCAUUAUACAUCCUGGAGAGGUGAACCGAAUCAGGGAACUUCCGCAAAACACCAAGAUAGUGGCCACACACACCGACAGUCCUGACGUCCUCAUUUGGGAUGUUGAAACUCAACCUAAUCGUCAUGCUGUCUUGGGAGCUUCAGAUUCUCGUCCAGACUUGGUGUUGACUGGUCAUCAAGAUAAUGCAGAAUUUGCUCUUGCAAUGUGCCCGGUUGAGCCUUUUGUGCUCUCUGGAGGAAAGGACAAAUCAGUGGUUUUAUGGAGUAUUCAAGAUCACAUCUCCACCUUGGCAACAGAUGCAGGGUCCACAAAAUCUCCAGGAUCCGGCGGUGCCAACAUUAAACCCACCUCCAAGACUGGCGGGGGUAAUGAUAAACUUGCAGACAGCCCUACAAUUGGACCACGAGGUAUCUACCAAGGCCAUGAGGAUACUGUGGAGGAUGUUCAGUUCUGCCCUUCAAGUGCGCAGGAGUUUUGUAGUGUGGGUGAUGAUUCUUGCCUUAUAUUAUGGGAUGCAAGGACUGGCUCUACUCCAGUCGUCAAGGUUGAGAAAGCUCAUGAUGCCGACCUUCACUGUGUUGAUUGGAAUCCUAAUGAUGUAAAUUUCAUUUUGACGGGGUCAGCUGAUAAUUCUGUUAAGAUGUUUGACCGCCGAAACCUCACUUCUGGAGGAUUAGGGUCACCUAUCCAUAUAUUCGAGGGUCACAAUGCUGCUGUCCUCUGCGUACAGUGGUCUCCAGACAAGUCAUCUGUCUUCGGAAGUUCAGCAGAGGAUGGCAUCCUGAACAUAUGGGAUCAUGAGAAGAUUGGUAACAAGCAAGACAAUAUUGGGGCAGGAGUGCCGAGUUCUCCACCAGGCUUAUUUUUCCGACAUUCUGGGCACCGGGAUAAGAUUAUUGACUUCCAUUGGAAUGCGUGUGAUCCAUGGACGAUUGUUAGCGUGUCUGAUGAUGGUGAAAGUACCGGCGGGGGUGGUACACUGCAGAUAUGGCGGAUGAUUGACUUGAUUUACAGGCCAGAAGAGGAGGUCCUAACGGAGCUGGAUAAGCUUAAAUCUCACAUUCUUACAUGUACCUCUUGAUGCAUACGAAAGCAAACCUAGAUAAUGGAAGUAGGAAAACCCUCCAGCUUUUAAUCCUGAUGUACUUGGUAUUGCAAAGACUAGGAUAGUCGUCAAAUUAGUUCAUAGAGGUCUAGUUUGUGUUUGGUCCUUUUAGAGUUGGUAACAGUGUUUCAUUUUGGGGCGCUAUUGUCGGACAUAUUGGCCCCUCCAGAAUUGAAGAUUUAGGUUGUCACAAACUUCAUUUUGCUGUCUUCGAGGCUGUGUCCUCGAGUGUCUGCACCAUUUGGAAUGUGCUUUUGCGGCUUGAUAUGGGAAGAUAGUAUUCUGACUAGUUAUGUUCUCCUCAUGACUUAUAUGUGGAUCUUAGGUAUGCGAUCCUAAUGAAUCUGUCUCAAUUUUACAUAA